GCAUGAAGACAUGUUUGCCAUCAACCGGUUUCUCUCUCUCUCUCUCUCUCUCCCCCCUCUGAAUAUGCGGGCGGAGAUUUGAGCCGUCGAAGAACAUCCAUAUAUACAACACAAACUCCCAACCCAUUACGAUUUGCACGGAUAUAUCUCUCUGCCCUCUCUCUCUCUCUCUCUCUCUCUCUCUCUCUCUCUCUCUUCAUCCCUUUUCUUUCUUUCUCUCUCUCUCUCUCUAUAUACACAUACAUAUCUCCACAUAUGAUAUAGAAUAUAUAAUAAAGCAAAUGAUGGGUGCAUAUAGAGCAGAUGACGAUUACGAUUACCUGUUCAAGGUGGUGUUGAUCGGAGACUCCGGCGUUGGCAAAUCCAACCUCCUCUCUCGCUUCACCCGCAACGAGUUCAGCGUCGAGUCCAAAUCCACCAUCGGCGUCGAGUUCGCCACUCGCAGCAUUCAGGUUGAUGAUAAGAUCGUUAAGGCCCAGAUCUGGGACACCGCCGGCCAAGAGAGGUAUCGUGCAAUCACAAGCGCCUACUAUCGCGGGGCAGUAGGGGCGCUGUUGGUCUACGAUGUUACCCGACACGUGACCUUCGAGAACGUCGAGAGAUGGCUCAAGGAGCUCCGGGGGCACACCGACUCGAACAUCGUGAUAAUGCUGGUCGGAAACAAGGCGGAUCUCCGCCACCUCCGCGCCGUGUCCACCGGCGACGCCAAAGGCUUCGCCGAGAGAGAGAAGACGUAUUUCAUGGAGACGUCGGCGCUGGAGUCGUUGAACGUGGACAACGCCUUCACGGAGGUGCUGACGCAAAUAUACCACGUGGUGAGCAGGAAAGCGCUGGACAUCGGGGACGACCCAGCGGCGCUGCCAAAGGGCCAGACCAUCAACAUCGGGGGGAAAGACGAUGUAUCCGCCGUCAAGAAGGGCGGCUGCUGUUCUUCGUAGAGAUCUGUUAAUUCCAAGUGUUCCUUCUUGUGUUGAGAUUCUAAAGAUUAUGCUUUUCCUGCUGAUCAUAUAGAGAUAUAUUUGUAUAUUAAUUUAUACACAUUCAAAUCUCUCUCUCAGAAUCACUCCCCUGCCCUUCCCUUUUGUCUUCUUCUUUCUUUCUCCUUUUAUUCAUAUUUUUACAACUCAAAUGAUCCAUUAUGUAUGACUC